AUGAUAAUAGAUGGCGAUAUAUCUCCCAAUGAAAUUCAAUAUGAUAAGGAUGAACUUAUCAGAUUUUGGAAUUCCAUGGAAGAGCUUUUGGAUUACAAUCAAAUAUCUAAAUCAGAAACAGCAGACAAUAGUGUAGCUAAUUCUUGUUUGGUGAAUUUUUUGAAAAUAUCUACAGAUAAAUAUAAGGAUCUUAUUAACAGUGACAAAGAUAUCUACAGGUUAUCCUUAAUUCUAACUGAAUCUCAAAUCUUCACAAAGUACAAGGAUUUUUGUAUAAGUAAGUUGUUGUCAUUAUUAAAUAUAGACCUUUUAGAAUUAAAUAUGAAAUUUAUUAUUAGCUAUAUUUUGCUAUUUGAAAUUAAGAAAAAUUUAAAUUCAGUCGAACUUAUAUUGAAAUAUCAAGGGUUCACUGUUAUCUAUAAUACUCUAUACACACAGUUUGCUUAUUUAAGUAAGUAUGAUAUCACAGCUAAUACGGGUGCAAAUUCAAAAGGGAAAGUAGAGUUUACUGAAAUCGAUGCAGGUAUCAUUAAUGAAAUGAAACAGAUUUGUACAGUGUUGAUGGAUAUAAUGUAUCAGAUAUUCAAAUACUGUAAAUGUUCUAUAUCGAAUGUCCAAAUUGUUGAUGAUUUUUUUGUUCACUUUUUGAUAAGCACGAUAAGGUCGGAUACAUUGGAUGACCUUUUCAAUAAUUCAGAAUUCAAAUUGCUGUUGGCUAUCAAUGAACAAUAUAUCAUGUAUAGCAGAGAAUUUAAUAUCGAAAAUAAAAUAUUGAAGUAUGUCAUUAAUAACAAUUAUUCAACAAACAAAACAUUUUCAGAAUUAUUAUUAUUAACGUUUAAUAGAAGUGAAGAUCCAUCAUUACAAAUUAUGAUGUGUAAAUUACUAUAUUUAAUUUUCUCAAAUAAAUCAAACAAAAUUGCAGAGGAUUUUUUCUAUCUAAACGAUUUGAAUGUAUUGGUAGAUGUUUUAAUAAGGGAACUACAUGAUAUAUCUGAUCAGAAUGAAUUUCUGAGAAACACAUUUUUAAGAGUAUUGAUUCCUCUAUUGAAAAAUACAGAAUUGAAUAAGACACACUACAGAAAACAAGAUUUAAUACAACUUCUAAACUAUCUCUGUGUAUUUGAUAACAUUUGUUCUAAUGGUAAUAUCACAUCUGAACAUAAACUUACAGUUAGGUUAGCAUUUAAAUGUUUAAAAGAGGUUUCUUGGUUGAAUAGUAUUGACAGUAUCAAUAAGGAAAUUGAUGAACAAAAUAUAUCAUCUAAGAGAGCCUUUAGUAUGUCUUCCAUGUCUAUGAACACUCCUACAAUAAUCAAUAGAAGGCAAACUGAUGAUUCAGAAAUGUUUUCCACCUCAUCCUCCAACAGUGUCAGCAGUGAUAGUCUUCAUAAUAACAAUAAUAACAGUAAUGAUAACAAAGGAUAUACGUAUAGAAACACUUCAUCUCAGUUAGAAAACAAUAACCAAUUUUAUAAUAUGCUGUCAGACAUAUCUGCUGAAUCUUUAUGGGAAAGAAAAAACAAACCAAUACCUCCACCUCCACCUCCACGUUUAAGAAAAUCUACCUUAACUACGUCAACUGCAAAUACCAACAGUAAUACUAAUAAUAAUAAUACAGAUUAUAGUAGAAACGUAAAUUAA